GGCGGGAGGCAGGCGGAGCUCUGGGGACGCGGGGUGCGAAGGGCCUGAGCCGUGUCCGAGCCGGGUCGCCGCCAUGGGGCAGAUCGAGUGGGCCAUGUGGGCCAACGAGCAGGCGCUGGCGUCCGGCCUGAAAGAGAAGAAUUACUGGGGAGGAAAGACAGAGAUACACUCGCUCGCGGCAGGCGCACACAGAGCGGCAGUCCUCAUCACCGGGGGCAUUGUGGCCACGGCCGGCCAGUUUGCCCAGUGGUACCUGGGCGCAUACUCCAUUGCGGCAGGGGUGUUGAUCUGCCUGCUAGAGUACCCCCGGGGGAAGAGGAGCAAGGGCUCCACCAUGGAGAGGUGCGGACAGAAGUACCUGACCAGAGUGGUGAAGGUGUUCGGGCCCCUCACCAGCAAUUACUACAUCCGGGCCUUCCUGCACCUUGGGCUGUCGGUACCUGCCGGCUUCCUGCUCGCCACCAUCCUGGGCACAGCCUGCUUGGCCAUCGCAAGCAGCAUCUACCUGCUGGCGGCUAUUCGCGGGGAGAAGUGGACCCCCAUCGAGACCAAGCCCAAGGAGCGGCCACAGGUGGGGGGCACCAUCAAGCAGCCACCCAGCAACCCCCCGCCCCGGCCCCCGGCCGAGGCCCGCAAGAAGCCGAGUGAGGAGGAGGCGGCAGGGGUCCCUGCGGGUGGCCCCCAUGAAAACCCCAUGCCGGUGACUGAUGAGGUCGUGUGACCAGGGCCUCAAGCCACUCCCGUCCCGCCAAAGCUUCGAGGGCUCCUCCUGCAGACGGGUGGGGGUGGGCGGCCCCCAGCCCGGGGCACCCCCUUUUCUGCAGACUCCUUCGGGUUCACUGGCAACAGGGCUGUCAUCUUCCUCACUGGCACUGGGAUCUUGGGGCAUCGCCUGUUCCAUGAAACACGUAUCUGGAAUCCCAA